AUGAGUCAGGAAAUAAACACAGGGCUGCCGGGACAGCAGGAGCCCGGGAUAGAUGACGGUGGAGUGCAGCAGCAGCAACAGAUCGCAGCGGCAGUGUUGCUGCAGCAGCAUCCAGAUCGAAUGCAGCAGCAGCCACCGCCGCAUCAUACUGUUGCCAGUGUCCCUGCCGCAUCUCUGGCCCCAACAGAUGAUCCACUGCCGCAGCUGCAUGCUCUGCAGCAGCAGCAAGCGCUGCAGCAGCAGCAAGUGUUGCAGCAGCAGCGACAGCUGCCACAGCAUUUGUCUUCUCUUCAGGAGGUGUUACAACAUUCUACGGAGCCGCUGCAGUGGGCAGAGGCGCAGCAGCGGCAGCAGCAGCAGCAGCAGCAGCUCCUGCUGCAGCAUCAACAGCAGUUACAACAACAGCAGCUACAGCAGCAGCUUCAGCAGCAAGUUUUGCAGAGUGCUCCAAUACAGGGCAUGCAUGUCGUGGUGAAUCCCACAGAACGAGGCCUUCAUCUGCAGCAGCAGUUACUACUGCAGCCGGCCACGAGCUUGCAGCCGCAGCACUCGCAGCCUCAGCUGCAGCGGCCACAGCAGGUUCCACUGCAGCCGCAUCAAAUUCCGCUGCAGGAACAUCUCCCGCUGCAGCAGCCGCUGGCCCCAUUGGUGGCGCCGCUGCAGCGGCAACGCAACGUACGCUCAGCCCUGCGGGAUCGGCAAGAGCAGGAGCAGCAGCGUCGGCAGCACCUGCAGCAGCAGCAGCUGCUGCUGCUGCAGCACCAGGAUGCCCGCAUACGACUGCAGCAGCAGCAAAUGUCCCAAAGCCCUGCAGAAACAGCCCCAGGAACCUUCACGUCCGAGCCCACUCCUUUCCGCCGCGCCUCCUACGCGCCAGGCCUUGGCUGCCGCAGCAUGAGCGGCAGCAGCAGCAGCUUCCCAAGCAUAGACUACCCGCUGUCGCCAGUCAGCAGCCGCAUUAUUAACAACAAUAGAAGCAGUAGCAGCAGCAGCAGCUCCGCCGAGAGGCCAACGGGCAGGAGCGUCGUCUCAGAAAUAAGAGAAUGGAGAGCAAGAGCUACAAACAACGCCCCGGAUCAGCAGUUUCCGCAGCAGGAACAGCAGCAGGAGGAAAAGCAGCAGCAGGGACAGCAGCAGCAGCAGCAGUUUCCGCAGCAGCGGCAUGGCGCAGAGCAGCAAGCACUUUCUCCACUGCAGGAGCCGCAGAACCAGCAGCCUCUGCAGCCAGCGCAGCUGCAGCAGCCCCCGCAGCAGCAGGCGCAUCCACACCAGCAGUCAGGCCAGCAGCAGCACCCGCUGGCAGUGCAGCACGAGGAGCAGCCAGUUUCUGUGCAGCAGCCUAUUCUGGCCAGUCUGCUGCAGCAAGCGAGUGAUGUGCAACAGCUGCACGCUGCACCACUGCAGCAGCAGCAGGCGCCUCCACUUCAGCAGCAACAGACAGGUGCGCUGCCGCAGGAGCAGCAGGCUGCUUCACUGCAGCAGCAGCAAGUUCCGCAACAACAUCAGUUCGUGUCCCCCGUACAGCGACAACAGCAACCAGUCUCAGUGCCACAGGAGCAGCAAACAUUCCCACAGCAGCGACAGCAGAUUCUUCCGCAGCAGCAAGAACAGCAGACAGUGCCACUGCAGUGGCAGCAGCAGCUCCCAAUCCGGCAGCAGCCCCUACCAGGGCAGCAGCAGAAUUUGCUUCCACUGCAGCAUCAAGCUUCACUCCCGCCGCAGCAGCAACAGCCCCUCCCACAGCAGCAACAACAGACGUUUCCGGUGGAGCAGGGGCAGCAUCCACCACCACUGGAGAAAAAACAGCAGUGUCCUCCACUGCAGCAGCAACAAACACACCAACUGCAGCAGCAACAAACACACCAACCGCAGCAGCAGCAGCCACUCCCACUGCAAAGACACCAGACACUCCAGCUGCAGCACGAGCAGCAGACUCUGCCUCUACAAGAGCAGCAAGCGUUUCCACUGCACAAUCAGCAGACAGCUCCCAUACAGCAGCAUCCACUCACACUGCAGCAACAGCAGACACACCCACAGCAGCAGCACCAGCAAAUGCUUCCACUGCAACAGCAAACACAGCCACUGCCACUGCAGCAGCAACCGGCUCAAGCCCUGCAGCACCAGCAGACGCUCCCGAUACAGCAGCAGCAAGCCCGUUUGCUGCAGGAGCAGCAGCAGCAACAUCAGCCACUCCCACAACAGCAGCAGCAACCACUUCCUGUGCAGCCGGCUUUUCAGGAGACAGCCCCGCUGCAGCAGCCAUAUCAUCUGCCUUCCGCCACUACACAGGCAGUCCAAGGCCAGCAAGAGCCCCUCGUUGGACUUUUGCAGCAACAGCAGCAGCAGCAUCUACAGCAGCAGCAGCAACAGCAGCGGCAUCAGCAGCAGCAGCAACAGCAACAGCAACCGCAAUCUGCACAUGGAGGCGUACUGUUUUCCCCCCCACAUGCGGCCGGUGAGGCAAUUUCUCCUGCCCCUUCUGGGGGGCCCCUCACGCCGGAUAUGGGGGCCUCCGAGCCACUGGCGGGGGCCCCCCUGCCUGCUGUGGUGGGGGGCCCUGAGGACCCGUUGAGGUGGCUCGUGGGUUCUUCCAGUAUGCCUGUCCUUCGCAGUGAUGCUGUUCUGGGUGGUGGGGUCGGCAGCAGCAGCAGCAGCAGCAGCAACAGUAGCAGCAACAGUGGCAGCAGCUUUGCUAGCGGCCGCAGGGGCUCAGGAGAACUCGGCAGCAGAGGAUCUCUCGACGGUUCUUCGGCAUUUUUCGGAGCGGGAGUACUUGAGGCAGCAGCAGCAGCAGCAGAUGAGUUGGAUGCCGGAGCAGCAGCAUCAGCAGCAGCAGCAGCAGCAGAAAACAUCCGAAACAGCACCCGCACAGAUAGCGCUGCAAGCGUCCAGAAUACUGGUGCGAGGCACCUUAACAGCAGCAACAUUUCGUUGGCGCAGCAAAUGCCAGCAGCAACUGGUGCAGCAGAGUUGGGACGGACUUGGGGGAAUAUACUUUCACCUGACAGUGUUCCUCUUCGGCUCACCCCGCAGCAGCAGCAGCAGCUGCAGGAGCAGCAGCUGCUGACGCAGCAGAAGCCGCAUGUGGCAUCUAAGAAACUUGAUCGGGGCCCUUCUGUAGCCAUUAUGCCAGUGGAGUUAGGGUCAGUGGCAGAGGCAGAAGCAACAGAGGCAGCAGCAGCGGCGGCAGCAGCAGCAGCUGCUGCUAAAGUUCAGCAGCAAGUGCAGCAACAGAAGGACCAAGAACUGCAGCAGCAGCAACUGUGGCUGCAGCAGCAGCAGCUUCAGCUCGCAGCAGCAGCGCAGAAGCAACAAGCCGCAGGGAUCACUCUUCCUGCGCCUAUCCCCCGUACGCUGCAGCAAAUAGCCACCUCGGCUGCGAGUCAGCUGCAAGCCCCAAUUGGGGGUUUAGCGCCAGCAGCAGCUCCAGCAGCAGCACUAGCAGCAUUUCCUGAGCUGAAUCCUGCCUUGCCGUCUGGAAGUCUUCCCCUCACGCAACCACAGGAAGCGCUCUUGCAACACCAGCAGCAGCAGCAGCAGCAGCCGCUGCUAGUGAACGCGCAAGCUCUUCGCCAGCCGGUACUGCAGCAGCAACCCGACGAAGCAGUGAGACUUCAGCAGCAGCAGCAGCAGCAACGUGAAGGGCAACAGCUCCUGGAUCAACACAAAUGGGGGCAGCAGCCACAAGCGCUGCUGCAGCAACAUCAACAGGAGCACCUGCAGCAGCACGUGCACCUGCAGGGGCGGCAAGAGCAGCACGAGCUGCAGCAACACCAUGUGCAGCCGCAGCAGCAGCAGCACGCACAUAUCUCUCAGUCAGCACAACUGGAGGAACAUGUACGAGACGAGCAGCAACGGCAGCAACAGGCACGGCUUCAGCAGGAACUGCCACGGCAACAGACGUUCCAGCAGCAGCUGCUGCAGCAAAUGCAGGAGCAACAUCAGCUGGAGCAGCAGCAAAUGCAGCAGCUUCACCUGGAACAUCAGUGCGCACUGCACAGGCAUAUGCAACAGCAUGUGCAGCAACAACUACUGCAGCAUGUAGAAUUCCCUCCGCGGCAGCAGCAGCCACAGCAAGCGUCUCAGCUAGAGCAACAGCUCCUCCUGCAGCAGCAGCAUCCCAUUGCUUCUGAUGCACCUUUCGCUCGUGAUCCGCUGCAGCAGCUCACGCCUACUACUUCUGCUGCUUCUGGUACUUCUGCUCCUUCUGUUGCUUCUGCUGCUUCUACUGCUCCGUAUCAGCAACAGCUUGCAAUGCAUCAAGCACUUGCGGCCGCGCAGCAGGAGCGCCAGCGCCAGUCCCAACUGCAGCACGAAGUGGCCAUCCUGCAGCAACAUCAGCAGCAGCAGCACCAGCAGCAGGAAGCUGCUGCUGCUGCUGCUGCUGUGCUGUCCCAGGCCACCCUUGCCGAGGAAGCAGCGCGGACGCUGCAGCAGCCUCAGUUAGUGGCGCGAAACAGCUUUGGUGGUCCUAUGCGUCAGGUGCACUUUGAGAGCGGAACACUGCAGCAACAACAGCAGCAGCAGCUGCGGCAGCAGCUGCAGCAACAGCAGCAGCAACAGCAGUAUGAACUUCCGCACUUGCAAGUGGCAGCCGACAAGUGGCUGCAGAUGAGAUUGCAGGGCUCUCAGGAGCCCUUUGACGUAUUCUUGCAAAAGAAUGCUGCAGAGGUAGCGGCAACAGCGGCGGGUGCUGCUGCUGCGGGGAACGCAGCAGCAGCAACAAUGGCAGCAGCGGGGGCAUCCGCUGCGUCGACUGCAGCAGCAGCAGCGGCGGCUGCUUACGCUGCAGGUCAAAUGGGCAUCACGCCCUCCUUAUCUGGGAGCGUCUUGCCGAGUGAAGGCCAUAUUUCGUCAUUGGGCCCGAACAGCAGCAACUGCAGCAUGAGCAACCACAGCAUCAGCAACCCGAGUCGCAGCAGCAGCACCGUGAACUGGGCUACGAGCGAGCACCCCAGCUUCCUUCUGGAGAAGCCUGAAUGGCAGCCUUUGGUGGACGCCGAGGAGGAGAGCGGGGACGGCGCGUUCAAGUACAACAAAAGCGGGGGGGGCCUCGUCUCCGGACUGCAGGGCAUAAGGGGCCUCGACUGCAUCUGGGUGGGCUGGCCGGGCGCGGAGGCCCCCCCUGUGCUGCGGCCGCGGCUAACUGCUGAGUACAGGCGCCACGGCUGUUCGCCCGUCUUCUUAGACCAGCAAACCAUCGACGCCUACUACAACGGCUUCUGCAACAACGUGCUGUGGCCGCUGCUGCACUACCUGCCGCCCCCGCUGGACUUGGACUCUGGAGAGGAGCAGAGCCUGUUGCAGUGGAGGGCCUACGUGCAUGCAAACGAGUUGUUUUGCGAAGCUGUCUGCGAAGUGAUGCGCCCAGAUGACCUCGUCUGGGUGCACGACUACCACCUGAUGCUGCUGCCGAAGCUGCUGCGGGACCGCCUGGGCGACGACGGCUGCGCGCUGCGCGUGGGCUGGUUUCUGCACACGCCGUUUCCCUCCAGCGAGUUGUUCCGGCUGCUGCCGUACAGGGCGGAGCUGCUGACAGGGCUGCUGAGUGCCAACUUGCUGGGCUUCCACGUGGACUCUUACAUGCGGCACUUCUUCUCUGCAUGCGUUCAAACUUUGGGGCUGGAAGUCACGGAGCGGGGAGUCCUCGCUGCCCCCGUUGGCGGCGUCUACGCGCGCUGCGCAGCCAUUCCCAUUGGCAUCGACAGCGACAGCUUCGUGGAACAAGCUGCUUCCCAGCAAGUGCAGCAGGCAGCAGCGCAGCUCAAGAAGGAGAUGGGAGACAGACGGGUUGUGCUGGGAGUCGACCGGCUGGACUAUAUGAAGGGGCUUCCCCACAAGCUGAAUGCCUUCGACAGGUUUCUGCAGCGGCACUCCGACAUGAAAGAUUCCGUGCUGCUGCUUCAGGUGGCAGUCCCGACGCGCACUGGGGUCCAUGAAUACCAAAAGCUCAAGACCAAAGUGCACGAGCUGGUGGGCCGCAUAAACGGCAGCCGCGGCAGUUUGUCUCGCGUGCCUCUUCAGUCUUUGGAUCGUUCUGUGAGUGCAGUCGAUUUGUGUGCAUUAUAUUUAGUGGCGGAUUGUCUUUUCAUUACUUCUUUGCGAGAUGGAAUGAACCUUGUGGCCCUGGAGUUCGUCGCUGCGCAGCAAGCCAAGGCGCAGGUGGCGGCGGCGGCAGCAGCAACGCAGCAGCAGCUGCAGCAGCAAACGCUGCUGCAGCAGGACCCAAAGCAGCAGCCGCUCCCGGGGGACCCCACGGCUCCUUCGGCAGCAGUAGCAGCAGCAAACGCCACAGCAGCAGCGGCAGCAGCAGCUGCAGCUCCUGCAGCAGCAGCUGCAGGCACCACCGCCAUCUGCAGUGCCUGCGGCCACCCUAUAGGGACUUGCUGCCAGGGGAGCCCCUCCGGCAAGCAGUGCAAGGAAGGCGACAGCAACCUGCAUAGAGGCCCCGGGGUUUUAAUAUUGUCGGAGUUUGCUGGAGCAGCGGAGUUUCUGCAAGAAGGGUCUUUGAUUAUAAAUCCUUGGAAUGAACAGCAAAGUGCUGAGGCUCUCUAUACAGCGCUCACCAUGCCUAGGGCAGAAAGGGAGGAAAGACACAAGAAGCUGAUGCAGGUAGUCACUGCAAACACCAGCACAAUUUGGGCGCGGAAGUUUAUUGCUGCUCUCAUAGAGGCUUCUGACGAAUCCGAGGGAGUGCGGGCCUCAGUGCCCCCGCUGCUGCAGCCGGGGACCCUCGUGCCGCUGUUCGUGGGGUGCCUGCGGCCGCGGCUGCUCAUAGUCAGCGUCUGGGGGGGGCUGCUGCCAGUGCGCAGCCGCAGCAACUUGCCUCUUCCCGAGAGAACUCCUGACCCGCUGCCGCUGUCUGUUGCUGCUGCGCUCGCGGCCCUCGCGGCGCUGCCCCACACUGCAGUGGUGGUCUUAACUGAACACCCGCGGGCUGCGGUGGAAAACCUCUUCAAAGACAUUCCCGUUUGCGUUGCUGUUGAGAAAGGAGCAAAGUACCGCACACGGGGAGGACAGUGGCUGACCUUGCUUGAAGAAUCUUCUCUCCAGGGUCUCGACGAAUGGAUGCCAAGCACUCGGACCGUCAUGGAUUACUACCAAGAGAGGACCCCUGGCUCGUUUGUAGAGGCUACAGUUGGGACUCUGAACUGGCACUGGGACGAGCUGCAGCAAGCCUUUGGACGGCAGCAAGCCACAGACUUGCUGGCCUAUCUCAGAGCUUCCUUGCUGCGGCAGCAGGAAGAGCAGCAGCAGCAAGAACAGCAGCAGCAGCAGCAGAAGCAGCAGCAGCAGCGGAAAGAGCAAGAAGACACAAACUCAGAGCAAAGUCACGGAACCACCCAGAGCCAUCAGCAGCAGCAGGAACAGCAGCAGCAGCAGCAGCAGCAGCAGCAGCAGCAGCAGCAGCCGCGGCGCAGCAAGGUGGAAGUCGUGCUGGGGCCUCGUUCAGUGGAAGUUCGCGAUGUUGCAUGCAGCAGGAAGCAACUUCUGCUGCGAGUAGUUGACCGCGAGUUUGGCUCUUCUUUCUUGAGUUCUGUUGGAUUUUAUUUGUGCAUUGGGAGUUUUGCCUGGAGAGAAGAGGAUCUUUUUGAGUUGUUUGACGACGAAGACCAGCAGCAGCAGCAACGGCAGCAGCAGCAGCAGCAGCAGCAGCAGCAGCAGGAACAAGCCCCUGACCCCAUUCCGCCCCCCUUAGCCAUAGACCUUCCAAGUGUCUCCUUGUCUCCCACGCACGCACAGCAGCGGCAGCAGGAGCAACGUGAACAUCAGCAGCAGGAACUUCAGGAGCAGCAAGAGCAGCAGCAGCAACAGCAGCAGCAGCAGCAAGCAAUGCAGACUCCCGAAGCAGCAGGGAACGCAGCGGCGGCACGAGCAGCAGCAGACAAAACAGCGAAAACUGCAGCACCAGGAAGUCCAGCAGCUCCAACUGCUGCAUCAGCAGCAGCUGCUGCUGCUGCUGAGGCUCCAGGCCGGUUUUUGAAAAACCGCAGAAUGUCGGAACCUACUCCCAAAAGACUGAGCAAUCGACUGAGCAAGCAAGGAACUUUCCCGCGCUCGAGCCCAGCCUUCAUGCGCACAACCAGCAACAGCAGCAACAGCAGCAGCAGCAACAACAGCAGCAAGAGCAGCAGCAGCAAGAGGGAGUGGAACUGGGGAGGGAGGACUUGCGUUUCAGUCAGCGUGGGCCUCAACCUUUCCCGCGCCCGCACUUGUGUGCCCAACGCCUACCACGUACAGAGCCUGUUGAUACACCUGGCCGAGGCAGUGGCAGCUGCAGGGCUGCAUGCGCAGAAGAGCUCUUGGGUAUAG